GGCAACCAGUUCGACAAGCAUGUCGGUUUCUUACGCACCUGUGAACUUGAAGGUUCCUGAUGGAUUUGGAGACGUUCUGGAGGGCCUAACUCGUGAAAUUCUACGCUCUCAGCCAGAAAACAUCUACAAUUUCGCAACCGAGUAUUUUGAAAGCAAAAUAGUGAUGAGACGAAAUAUGGCUGUCCGGAAUGAGGCUGCUGAAACAACGUCCGAAGAAAAACCAGAAGUUGCAGACGACGAUAAAGCUGCCGAUCAAGUGGAGAAAGAGGACAAACUAACGGGCAUUGACUUCAGUGAUCCUGAUGCUGCUCGAGCUGCUGUAAAAAUACAGGCUGGUUACAGAGGUCAUCUGGCUCGUGAACGGGUGAAGAAACUGACUGAAGAGAAGGAGAAGUCACAGGAAGAAGGAAAGGAAGAGGAGGAACCUGCCAAAGAGGAUAUUGACAUUGACUUGGAUGAUCCUGAGGUGCAACAGGCUGCUCUGACUCUUCAAGCUAGUUUUAGAGGAUUUCAAGCAAGGAAGAGUUUGAAGGGAGGAAAGAGUGGAGAAAGUACAGGAAACCGUGAAGAGAAAGAGAGUAGUGAAGCAGUCGAAGAUGUUAAGGAAGAAAUUGCUGUUGAUGAGAAAGAAUCAGGUGAUGCAGAUGAUGCAGAAAGUCAACAAAACGUUGAAGAACUGGAGGAAGAUCAGCCAGUGGUUGAGGAACCAGAUGAAGAUCAAAAUGAAGUGGAAGGUGACGAGAUGGCCGAGGAAGUUGCAUCUGUGGAAGAGAUAACAAAUGAGCCAGAUGUAGAAGAACAAGAAUCAGCAGUUCAGGAAGAAGAGAAAGAAGAUAUAGAAGAUGAAACAACCAAGACAGAGACUGAAGUCACGGAAGACGGGGACAACAGUCAAGACGUAAUCGAUGAACAAGUUGAAGUUGCACAACCAGAAGUGGUGGAUACAGUAGAGGGAGAUGUGAAACAGGAAACGAAUAGAGACAUAGAGGAGGAAAAAAUGGCAAGUGAGGGAGGAGAAAAACAAGAUGACGGUCAAGGUAUGAAUGAUUGUUGGUCAACUGCGUGUUCAUUGUGUUGUCAGACAGAGUUUGUUGACACAUGUACAUGUUUUUUUGUAAUUUUGUCUGUCCACCUGUUUGUGUGUUACUACGCAGUAGAACAUUGCAGUGAAUGAUAGCCUACGCUUACA